AUGCAGCGUUCGGUCCGUCUGGUACUCUCGAAUGCUCGACAAGUCCGGGCGUCAACCCGGGCCAUUGCGACCGCAACUACCUCGAAGCGGGAGAAAAUCAAGGUGGACAAUCCUGUGGUGGAUCUCGAUGGCGAUGAAAUGACUCGGAUUAUCUGGGACAACAUCAAGAAGAAGCUGAUUCUUCCAUAUCUCGACAUCGACAUAAAAUAUUUCGAUCUUGGAUUACCCCACAGGGAUGAGACGAAUGAUGAGGUUACCCACGCUGCAGCCGAAGCGAUCAAAAAAUACAGUGUAGGUAUCAAAUGUGCCACAAUUACGCCGGAUGAAGCAAGAGUGAAAGAGUUCAAGCUGAAGAAAAUGUGGCUGUCACCAAACGGAACUAUUCGUAAUAUCCUGAACGGUACCGUUUUCCGAGAACCUAUCAUCUGUAAGAACAUCCCUCGUCUGGUGCCUGGUUGGGAGAAGCCAAUAGUGAUCGGGAGGCAUGCCUUCGGAGAUCAGUAUCGUGCCACCGAUCUCGUCGUACCAGAAGGAUCAAAGCUGGAGUUUGUUGUAACAGCGCCAGACGGUAAGGAAGAAAGGACGACCGUAUUCCACUACAAAGGUACAGCUGGAGUUGGAAUGGCCAUGUACAAUACGGAUGAGAGCAUUCGCGGCUUCGCUCAUUCGUGCUUCCAGUAUGCUCUCAUGAAAAAAUGGCCAUUGUACUUGAGUACGAAAAACACGAUUCUGAAGCGAUACGACGGGCGCUUCAAAGACAUAUUCCAAGAAAUUUAUGAAGAAAAUUACGAAAAGGAUUUCAAAUCAGCGGGCACUUGGUAUGAGCACAGAUUGAUUGACGACCAGGCAGAUUUGAUGGCCGAUGUCGAUGCUUCAACAUUUCAGGUCGCUCAGUGUCUCAAGAGCGCUGGUGGUUUCGUUUGGGCUUGCAAGAACUACGACGGAGAUGUCCAGAGCGAUAUUGUUGCUCAAGGUUACGGUUCGCUUGGUUUGAUGACUUCAGUUCUGAUGUGUCCAGACGGAAAGACCAUGGAAGCUGAAGCGGCACAUGGUACUGUCACACGGCAUUACAGAGAAUAUCAAAAGGGUAACCCGACGUCCACGAAUCCGGUAGCAUCAAUCUUUGCAUGGUCCCGAGGACUGCACCAUCGUGGAGUAUUGGACAAAAACGAGAAGUUGAAAAGAUUUGCACACACCCUGGAGAAAGCUUGCAUCGAAACUAUUGAAGAAGGAAAGAUGACCAAGGACUUGUCUAUCUGUGUCCAUGGCUCGAAGAAAGGCGCUGAGAAAGGCAUGUUCCUCGUAACGGAGGACUUCCUCAGUGCCAUUGACAGCAAACUGGCCAGCUUGAUGAAGUGA